AUGAUGAGUGUCAUCCUCACCAAGACGCUCCAAACGGUAGCCAUCGCGAGCUCGCUCGUCGGAGCGGGCGGAAUCGCUACGCUCUCCCUGUUCGACAUACCCGAGAUCCAAUCCCAACCGGCGAAUCGUUCCUUGCCCAUGAUCCGAUGGCUCUUUAGUCGAGGCUCACACAUCUUCCCUUCAGCAUCGGUACGUCGUGUCCUGCCACCCCAUAAUAAUAACCUCCCCGAGAAAGACAAGCUGAACGUCCCAUCAUCACAGUUCCUCUCCUUCCUCACUUUCCUCUACCUAGCCUACGACGCCCUCCCAGCAAACCUUAGAACCUUGACACAGAUCCUCCGAAGCACCAAUGGCUUCCGUGUCAAUGGCUACCUCGUCGCAGCCAUCCUCUCGAUCAGCAUAGCGCCCUGGACAAUGUCCGUGAUGGUACCCAACAACUUCGCUCUGAUCAAGAAGAAUGCCGACAAGGGAGGAGCGCGGAGCGCCAAAGCCGCAGAAGAGCUAGCCAAGUCAGGCUACAAGCCCGGCGAGCGGAGCGCUUUGGACUCGGUGAACGGCAAAGGCGAGGGCGAUGAGUUUACGGAUCUGAGCGGACCGCAGGAGAAGACUGAGCUGGACAGUACGGAGGAAGAGGACGAGGAGGUGCGGCAGAUGUUGGGCACGUUUGCGAGACAGAAUGCCGUGAGAGCCGUCUUGCUUGGCGCUGGUGGUGUCGUCGGACUGCUUGCGGCCAUCUACUAA